AUGGGGGGUCCCGGGAAGAGGGUGACCGGAAGUAGUGGCGCCUGGGUGUCGCAGAGCACCAGUCGGGAACCGCAGGGUGGGGACGGCGAGCACCCCGGUGCGGAGACGGGGUCAUCUGGGGUCAGUGGGGGGGGGGGUCACAGGGGCGCGGCGCGGCGGGGGUGGGGCGCAGCCGGCCGUGCGCGCGCAACGUUACCUGCGCCCCGCCUGGGGCCCGCGGGCGGCGGCGGCCGAGCUCAGCAGCGCGGCGUCCCCCGCUCCGGGCCCCGCGCACGUUUGCGCUCCGGCUCGGGCCCCCGAUCCGGCUCCCGCGCUGCCGGGGCCGGCCUCGGCAUGUUCGGCGGAGAGGGCCGGGCUCCGCCGCUCCGCCGCGCCCGCUCCGCGGAGCCCCCGCGCGCCUUACGCCGCCAGCGUCGGCCAGCGGGGGGCGGCGGCCUGCGCGCGCCACUGCGCAGGCGCGACCGGGACGCGAGAGGGGUGCGCGUUGCAUACGUCAUAGCGCGGGGCGUGGCCUUUGGGAAGGGGCGUCGCUUUACGACCGCGCAGGGCGUGGUCUUAAGAAAGAAGGAGGCCAUCACUGACAUGCUGACUAGUUGAUGCCUGCUCUGUGCUGAGAAGGGGAGAGAGCAUCACUAACUGUCCUAUUGAUGUCCGGCUUGUGCACAGAAUGGAGGGAACCAUUGGCUGGCAGAUUGAUUGCUAAUGCCUGUCCUGUGCCAAGCAUGGAAGGAAUCAUUCAUUCAUCAAUUGAUUGUUGAUGUCUCCUCAAUGGGUGAUUGGUGAUGUCUGCAUGGAAGGAAGAGGCAGUAUAGUUUUAUCUACUUACCAUCCUCACAAAAGGUAAACUCUGGCAGGGCAGCCCCUCCUGCUUCUAGAUUCUGACAACAGUGAUUGUAUAAUUUUUCUCUGUUUCCCCAUUUGAAAGCAUUCCAGACUUUUCUGAAAAUUAGAGGCACAGUCCUAAACAAGAACUCUGGAGAGAAGAUUCCAAGUUAGCAGUCAGUGGUGGAACCCUUCCUGGCUUCAGAGAUGAGUUAUGUUCUGUACUGUGUCUCCAGCAUCCCCUCCAGCCAGCAGGAGAGGUAAAAAGGACCCCAUGAAGCAGAUGUAAAAAGAACACACCAGGGGGCUGGAGCGAUGGCUCAGAGGUUAAGGGCACUGGCUGCUCCUCCAAAGGUCCUGAGUUCAAUUCCCAGCAACCACAUGGUGGCUCACAACCAUCUGCAAUGAGAUCUGGUGCCCUCUUCUGGCCUGCAGGGAUGUGUGCAGGCAGAACACUGUAUACAAAAUAAAUAAAUAAAAUCUUUA